CCGCGCGCGAGCCACCAAGCCGAGCCUCCGCAUUCCUCCACGCAGCCGCAAUGUCCUCGUCCCCCGUGAAGACGACCCACACGCAGACGACCGUCAAGAAGACGCUCGUGCACUCGGACCCCGCCGGGGCGACCAAGAAGACGGUGACCACGACCACCAACAAGACGUACGUGUUCACGUCCGAGUCGGGCGAGGAGAUCGUGCUGGACCUCAAGGACGCGGCCACCACGCGCCCGCACGCGCGCAAGGUCAGCGGCUCCGUCGUGACCUCCGAGUUCACGCAGAGCUCGUCCACCUUCGUGUUCGAGUACGCAUCCGAGGGCUCGGCGGAGCCCACCGAGAUCUUCGUGCCGUACGUCCACUUCCCGGGAGGCUACCGCGUCACAGCGUCCGACGGCCACUGCGCCAUCGAGAAGCACGAGGGCUACGACAUCAUCAAGCACGAGCACGACAGCCACGCGCACAAGCACCGCGUGGUCGUGGAGAAGACCAAGAAGGCGGCGGCCAAGACCUCGCGGUUCGCGUGGGCGGGACACAGCAACAUCCCCGUGUACGUGGCGCUGGGCAUCGCCAUCGUCACGCCCUACCUGACGUCGUAAGCUGGCGAGGUAGGGGCUGGCCGAUCCCAGCCCCGGGGCAAAACCAUAGCAAUCCCCCGUGCAGUCACCUUGGUACCAUCAAUACACCGCAAUGUUUCUCUCUGU